CCCCAACCGCGAUCGAUCUGAAUUCAAAGACAGCUAUAAAACAGUCAGUCAUGACACAUCCCGCCCUGGGCCAGGAAGCGACCCCGACUCGACUGGUUGCAUCAUGACAAGCACUUUGGCCAUCAUGAACUUCCUCGGUGCUUCAGUGUCCGAGGCCAAAUUGGCCGCACACGAAACAAGAGAUAUAUUCUUACCCAAUCAGAUGGAGCAUGUAGCCCAAAUUGCUGUCGAUAUUGGUGGUUCAUUGGCCAAGGUUGUGUAUUUCACGUCGUUGGCCGGGAAACGAGGUGGACGUCUCCAUUUCAAAAAGUUUGAGACCGAGUAUAUCGAUGACUGCAUUGAUUUCAUUGCCGAGUUGAUGGACGAUGCGCGUCAGUUGACACCACCCGGGACAGAGCAGGUUCUCAAGGCAACCGGUGGUGGAGCGCAUUUGUUCUACGAUAAGCUGGUCAAACGAUUACCUGGUGUAAUCGUACAAAAAGAAGACGAAAUGGAAUGUCUCAUUGCAGGCUUGAACUUUUUUAUUACCGAGAUACCAUAUGAAAUAUUCACUUACAAUGAGCUGGCCUCUGAUCCAAUCAAAUUUGAAGAAAAGACCAGAGAGGUAUACCCUUACAUGCUAGUCAAUAUCGGUUCGGGCGUGAGCAUAUUGAAAGUGACAGGGCCCAACGAUUUCAGUCGCAUCAGUGGCACUUCGCUGGGUGGUGGUACCUUGUGGGGCCUUUUAUCAUUGCUCACCAAUGCACAGUCAUUUGAUGAUAUGUUGGAAAUAUCCAAGGAUGGCGAUAAUCGCAAUGUGGAUCUGUUAGUCGGUGAUAUCUACGGAUCCGAUUACAGCAAAUUGGGAUUGAAGGCUUCACGUAUCGCUUCCAGCUUUGGCAAAGUGUUCAAAAAGGGUGUACGACAGGAUCGUAAUGCAUUUGAAUCCGCCGAUAUUGCCAAAAGUCUGUUAUACAUGGUUAGCAAUAAUAUUGGUCAAAUUGCGUAUCUCAAUGCCCAACAGCAUGGGUUAAAACGUAUUUAUUUCGGUGGUUGCUUUAUUCGAGGUCAUCCCAUCACCAUGAAUACAUUGUCUUAUGCCAUCAAGUUUUGGUCCAAUGGCGAAAUGAAGGCCCUAUUUUUACGUCAUGAAGGCCAUCUUGGCGCGACAGGAGCGUUUCUUAAACAUCAACCAAUUGGAGAAGCACGACAUUCAUAUUCAUUUUCAGAAAGUUGUAUACCCAAUCUCAAUAACUUGGGUUGCGUUUAUGCGGGAUUAGAUCAAUCCAACCGGUCCAUGCGAUCAAGUGCGUCGGUGGAAUAAGUUCGAACAUGUUUUUUUUUUCAUCCUUACUGCCGAGCCCAUUCUCCCUUCAAAGUAUCCUUUUCUGCCCGCCAUUUCUUUUUACCAUUUAAUUAUAUCGACAACUUUUAAUACAGUAGCACUUUUUAUCAUCAUACUUUAAUUCUCUGUUAUAUCCAAUUCAAG